GUUACAACACAAGCAGACGCAGGUUAGAAGACACAUAAUGAUGCAGAGAGUAAAACAACUAAUCUUGUUUCUUGCGGUUUUGAAUCUGAUGGGGAUCAAUGCCAGCGUGACGUCACCGGAAGAAGGAAUGUCAACUGGGCCAUGCUGCCCAGUCAGUCCAGCAGGGAUCCCUGGUAUUCCAGGGAACCCUGGACCAUACGGGCCGGCUGGGUCUAAAGGAGACAUGGGGUCUCCUGGUGAUGUAGGUAUGCACGGAGCUAAGGGAGACAAGGGAUCAGACGGGCUGAAUGGGGAACGAGGCGCUACAGGAGAACCCGGCCAGAAGGGAGAACAAGGUGUCGGUCAGCCAGGUAAACAAGGACCUCAAGGACUGCCCGGAAUAGCUGGUUUGAUGGGAGAAAGAGGAGUACGUGGACCAGUUGGACUAAAGGGACAAAAGGGUGAUUGUGUUGAGCGCACUCAACGGGUGGCCUUUACAGUAGUUAGAAACACAGAUUUUACAACAUCGAGUACAAGUCUGCCCUUUGACAGAAAACUAUUUGAACAAGGCACUCACUUUGAUUUACCCACCGGUACUUUCACGUGUAAUAUGACUGGUAUUUAUGUGUUCAUGUUUUCAUUUUUGAAACUAAGUAGCUCAAGUAGUUCUUAUGCUACUCUGAUGAAGAACGAUAACAUUAUUGUUAGGGGAUAUGCAUCAGGUGCUGGUAGUUAUUUGCAAGCAAGCAACAGUGCAGUUGUGUUUUUACAAGAGGGUGAUCGAGUUUUCUUAAGGCCUGUAGGUUCCUUGCACAGUAACUCUUACCACUACACUUCCUUUAGUGGGUUUUUGCUUUAUGGUGAGAUAGCAACCAACUAAUCGAAAUGGUUGAAACAGCUUGAGUUUUUAGUGGAAUUAACAGCAUGGUUAAACUA